AUGCAAAAGGGUCUGGAAUACUCACAAUACCCUAGUAUAAUAGGGGAAAAAGGACUAAACCUUCAUUCAUCAGAUUUCAUCCCAACGAUCUAACAACCUCAAUUGAGCGAGCCCUUCAAUUUAUAAAGAGAAAAGCCAUUCGUGCAGAGAAUCUUAACUGAAUUCUGUGUUUAAUUAUGUGAAUUAAAUGCAGAUGCAUGUUUGUCAAAUUAAAAAAGUGAUUUCUGUCUCAAAGCUCAUGACCUAUCAAGUAUUAGACGCUCUCCAUUUACACCAAAUGGUGUUUUAAGAUAUCAGCCGAAGUUCUGUACAUACUAUGAUGUUUCUUAGAAAAAGUAAGAGUACAAAGGAUAGAAUAAUACUGACACUACUUAAAAGAAUAAAAUCUUAUAUUCGAACAAUGAAAAUGAAAGAUACGGGAUGUGCCCACAGCGUGAGAAUUGCAACUAUUGCCAUUCAUUUUCAGAGAUGGAGUACCACCCUUAAAUCUUCAGAACAACUUACUGCAACGAUUAGUUACAAAAACAAUUAUGCCAGAGAAGGAAAGGUCUUUGCUGUCACGCUCAUUCCAAUGAUGAGCUUCGCUAAAUAGAAAAUUACUAUUCACCUACUAGUAUCUAAAGUCCAGUCGAAUCAAAUAAAAAGGCAAAUUAGAAUGACUAAUAUGGUUCAUUUUAUGACCUGUCUUAAAUUACAUAGCAGAGAAUGAAUCUUAGAAAAGGAUCAGAGACAGCCAUGAUUAAUGGGAAUACCAUAAAAAACCAAAACACGUCUCUUUACUCUCCUCCACAUCAAGGAAGCAAGAGAAAGAAUACUGUUGGUAACCUUUCGAGCUAGAGGAUGAAAAAGCCUCAAUCAUUUCAUCUGUAACCAGUCUAAAAUACACCAUAGCAAAUCUAAGAAAACACAGGAAGAGUUGUUCCUUACUAUAUGGCGCCAUUAGUGGACUAAACUGAGAAGCAAAACAGUUUUUACGGGACUUAAAACAUCAAAACGAGCUAAUGUAUCCCAUUCUUAGAUUUAAACCUAUUCAAAACAAUGGCUUGUACUAGUGAGCCACAAGGACAUAACUUGAAAAAGUGCCCAUACUACCACGAUUACAAAAAAGAUAGAAGAAGACCCUUAGGAUAUUACUAAUCAGAAAAGUGCUGGUACAUAGAAAACCAUAUGGAUUGCCAGUAUGGAGACACUUGCGAUAAAGCUCAUAACCGCGUCGAAGAAUUUUAUCAUCCAGAUAAAUAUAAGGCAAAAUUCUGCUCAUCUUACUUAAAGAAUCAGAAAGAGUGUGAGUAUGGUGAGUUCUGUUCAUUCGCUCACUCGGAAAGUGAACUCUCAGUUGAACUUAUCGAAAAGUUCGAACCAGAUAUGGACUUCUACCUAUUUCACUUCAAGACUGUGUGGUGUCCAUAUAGAGAAGAUGAUCAUGAGAGAGAUGUCUGUGUAUAUGCUCAUAAUUGGCAAGAUUAUAGAAGGAAGCCUUCAAUCUUCAAUUAUUCAAAAGAUAUGUGUCAAAAUUGGCACACAAAAAGCUUCAUCACAUCUUACAAAGAUGGCUGCUAAUUGGAAUACAGAUGCCCAUUCAGUCAUGGUUGGAAAGAGCAAGAGUUUCAUCCAGACUAUUUCAAGGUAAAGCAAUGUUUACAUGGCGAUUCUUGUGAGAAGCCUCACUGUCCUUACUUCCACAACGAAAACGAUCGCAAAUAUCAGUUAUCCCACUGGUUUAAGUAUUUCCCAAAAACAAGGACUGUCUCAUUCCCGACUAACUUCUAUGUACCAGUCUUAGGCAAUGUCAGUGUAGUUCAUAAAUAAACUUCUUUCUCAAAAAUGACAACAGAAUUGAUAUGCAAUUAGAUGAUUCUAAAUGAAAGUCAAUAAUAGCAGAAUCAAUAGGCCUAUAGUCAAUAAUAAAGUCUCUAUCCAAAUCAAUACCUUGAACAAUAAUUAUUGUAAAGUCCCACUCAAUUCUAGUUUUAAGGACAAGUCGCUUAAAUCAUUCAGAACAUCCAAAGCCAAUAAUAGCCUUAACACUUAAACUUGAAUAUGCAGUAAACUCAACAAAUGCAGUAACAAAACUACAACUAAGCUCAUGUGUAAGCACAAGCAUAAGCUCAGGCUUAAGCUUAGGCUUAGAGAGAAUUCAAUUUAAGAUAGCCUCUUGUUGCAGGGUAAUAAAUUUAGUAUAGAAAAGCAUCUGAGGGCAACUUUUAUCCAUAGAAAACAAACUACUUCUUUUAAAACUCUGCCUAAGUGAGCAACCCAUUAUAUCUUAACCAGUAAGCACAGCAACAACAUUUGAACAAUUAAUUUAUGAAUCUGAGUUUGAUAUAAGGAAAUGCCUAAUAGUUACAAUUUAACUAAGGUAUUUUUAUGUCUAACGAUAAAAAUUAUAUGAUGCCUAAAAACCAAUAAAACAUUGGAUAAGCUACAUUCUAGCAAAGUCAAUACCAAUAGCAAAUUUAGUAGCAAUAGCAAUAGCAUUAGAUAAUGCAUCAAUAGCAGUAGCAGUAAUAGCAAUAAUAGCAGUAGUAAUAGGAACAUAAUAGACAAUGGCAAUCAAAUUUCAAGCCAGGAUCCUUCCACCAGUUACUAGUUGAUGAAAGGGAUGAGAACUUGAGUGAGGGAUCGAUUUCUAGUGAAGGUGGAAAUAAGGCAAAUCACAGAGCUAAAGCAAGAAUCCUUGAAAUAAUAGAGGAGAGACCAUCAAUUGAUAUUCAGGUGAGCGACGAUGUCUACAGAUUCCUAAAGACUAUAGACCUUGAAUUCUUGGCUGAAUACUUCAAUGGCGAUUAUUCAAAGAUCAAUCUUCAAUAACUAAGGGAUAUGGAGGACGAAAAACUUGAGGAGAUUCUUGAAGGUAGCAUGUACGUCAAGAGAAUUAGAACAGAACUCUAAAGAUUAAACUAGUUAUAACUUAUGCAGGCUCAGCAAUAAUAAUGA